GGCUGAGGAGAGUUGGCUGCUCUGUUAUUGACGACGACGUCCACGACUGCGACGACGACGACAAUGCCUCCCUCCUUUUCAAAGACGGUCCUUGCCGUGCUCACUACCGUCAUAGUCUAUGGCACAAUCCACUCCGUUCUAAACGAUACUUAUCUCGAUACCUCUAACCCUCUCCUCACUCACCUUCCCCAUCCUCUCCAUGCCACACAUUAUUUCGCCAACAAGAAGAAUAUUCUCAAUAUCUACUUCAUAAAACAAGUAUGGGCUUGGACAACGGCAGCGUUCUUCUUCCUCUUUGCCACAAGCCCACGUACGACACGCACCUACCAUCGCGUUGCCCAAUACUUCGUGGAGACCGGGGUUUGGCUAGUGUUCACGAGUUGGUUCUUUGGUCCCUCUCUGCUGGAUCGCUUUGUGACGUCCACCGGUGGUGAAUGUGUCCUAGUCCUGCCAUCCGGUGGCAUUCUUGGCGUUCCACACGAGUUCUGUUACACCCAGUCCACUCUUUCCCCUACAACGCACCCUGCGCUUUUUGGCGCACCUUUCACCCUCCCUGACCCAACAUGGUUUGGGAGACCCAGACUACGCAAGGGUCAUGACGUCUCUGGUCAUAUGUUCCUUCUCACCAUGUCCCUACUCUUCCUUGCCGAUCAACUGCGCUAUUCGUUCGCGCGCAUCCGGUCACCGUCUGGGAAGGAAGAGUCUGUCCAGUGGUCCCGUCUGCACCGAUAUGCAGUAUUCACCAAUAUUGUUGUGUUAUCCGUGUUGUUGUUUUCCGUCUACACCACGAGUGUUUACUUCCAUACUCCAUUUGAGAAAAUGACCGGCUUUUGUGAGUAUCCUCGUUUACUUCUCUGUGGUUUUAUAUUUAUAUAUCCUGUGCAGUGCUUGGGCUAGCGGGAUACGCCUUGACACAAUUGCCGUUCUUCCAGCCGACCGUGGUUCAUACCCCGGUACCUAUCGCGGCUGAACGUGUACAAAAGUUGUAAUGAUCAUUGCUCGCAAUGACGUAUGGACAUGAUCGAUGCUAUCGUCUAGUUUAAUCUUUAAUGCAAACCAUGUACUAAUAACAAUAUUUAAUGUUCAAACAUCGCUCAGUUCAGACGAUCUGAACAGUAUGCGAAAGCAUGGCUGUAUCGCCAUUCUACGCAUUCGACAAUGCAAACGUGUUUCUCCUAACAUUCAUCAUCGUUCAACUGAUGUAGCGAUCCCUGUCGCCGUCUCUUAUCUCAAGAGGAUCCAAACAUAUGCAGUACGUUCGCUAUGGUAGGAGAAACUUAAAUGCCAGAGUGCUGCUUAACGUGCAUGCACUACAAUAAAUGAUUGCAUCAGCU